CGUGUGCAGGCGGAGUUAAGCGCGCACAGAAGAAAUGCUGGGGAGCGCGGGCACAGGUGUGAGUGAGCGCGCAGAGACCGACCGGAUUCAUCAGAGGCAAAUGAAAGAGUAAUUUAUCAGACAAAGGUUUUUGUGAGGUUUAUCUGUUCAGCUCUGUAUAUAAAAGGUUACAGUCUAGAUUCUAUUAACGUCACAGUUUAGGGAAUGAGGAUUUUGGGGGUUUUGAGCGUCAUUUUCUUCGGUAUGAACAGCGCAACGGCUGUCACGCAUUCGCUGCGGUACCUGCACACGGCAGCUUCAGGAAUCCCAGCAUUCCCAGAGUUUGUGACGGUGGUCCUGGUGGACGGACAGCCCUUCUCUUACUAUGACAGCAGCAUCAAAAGGGAGCUUCCCAGGCAGACCUGGACGGUCCAAACCGAAGACCCGAAUUUCUGGGAGAGACGCACUAAGAGCUCCAUUGUUGACGAACAAGUCUUCAAAAGUAAAGUGGAGAUGAUUAAACCAAGCUUUAACCAGACAGGAGGUGUUCACAUUAUUCAGCUGAUGUACGGCUGUGAGUGGGAUGAUGAGACUGGAAGCAUCAAGGGCUGGUGGCAGUUUGGUUAUAAUGGAGAAGACCUCAUGGCUUUGGACCUGAAGACGAACACGGGGACGGCACAGACUCCAGCUGCCACCUUCCAUAAACACAAAAAGGACAAAGAUAAAGGCUGGGCCAUACGAAUGAACACCUAUCUGUCCCAGGGGUGUCCUGAUCAUCUUAAGAAGUAUGUGAGCUAUGGGAAGAGCACAUUGCUGAGAACAGAGACUCCAUCAGUGUUUCUCCUCCAGAAGAAUUUCCUGUCCCCGGUCAGAUGUCACGCUACAGGCUUUUACCCCAACAAAGCUGUGAUGUUCUGGAGGAAAGAUGGAAAGGAGAUAACCGAAGGAGUGGAGACCGGAGAGAUCCUCCCAAACAAUGACGGGACCUUUCAGAUGAGCACUGAUCUGAAACUUUUAUUAGACACAACAGAAAAGAAGAGGUACGAAUGUGUUUUUCAGCUUUCUGGUGCAAAUGAAAGCAUCAUCACCAAACUGGAGCAGUCAAAAAUCAAGACCAAUGGAGCAAACCCCUAUGAAGUGACCAUCUCCGUUGUUAUUGCAGUCAUUAUUUUUGCUGCUGUCAUUGCUGACUGGCUCAUUGUUUAUAAAGGCAGAAAAGCUGCAGAUCACUUGAACGUAAAGAAGCAAAUGCAUCUUUGAGUCUGGAUGCAAAUGAAACUCUGCACUCAGUUUUCAAGUGAAGUCUGCACUGAAAAGGCAACUCUAAUAAUAUCAUGGAUAAACUAUGUGUUUAUAACAAAUUAUCUGAUUUAAUCUGGUAGAUGUGUCAGAAAUUUACAAUGUUGCAAUUGUUUGAUUUUAAAGAGAAAUUUAUUUGCCAUUUUUCUUUAGCACAAUAAAUGAGUCUCAUAUGAUUAAUUUUUGUUUCCAAACUGGAGUUUGGUGUUGAAUAUUGUCAAAGGAACCAAAA